GUAAUCCGCGGCAGGCACCUGCUGCACCUGGCGCCCAUCCAGGAGGCUGCAGUACGCGUGCGCGCGAUGGCGAACGCGCUCGUGCUCGCGCCCGUGCUCAGCUUCUCGGAUGCCACCGCGCCAUACAGCAGCGACGUCAAGACCCGACGGUUCAAGGGCCUUGCCACGUACCUUCCGAUGGGCGUGCAACUGCUCACUCUGUACCAGGACGCGCCCGGCCGAGUGCUCAUGCGGCUGGAGCACAUGCAGCCGGCCGUUCCUCCGGACGAGCUCACCGCGGUCAACGCCACCAUACCCAUACAUGCGUUGUUGUCGACCUACACCAUGAAGAACUUCCGCGAAGUGUCCCUAACCGCCAGCCGCUGGAAGAACUCCAAGUUCGAGCCUCUUCGCUGGACUCCCAGCAACCGGUCCGCUGUCCCCAGGAGCGAGCCCCGGCUGGACAGGUCGGACGCCAAGGGCGCCCUCGCCGCGGUCCAACUCUUCACGGGAGAGAUCAGGACCUUCGUGGCGGACUUGUAGCGAGAUCGGAAAAGGACCUCGGGAGACCGACUCCGGAAUGCCUUCGGGGCAACUCUUAGACCUGCAGCUUUACCGGUCUACCUAGAGUAAUUGUAUCGGCUCUGCUCGCAGAGCCAGAAUAUCGCGUUCUUUCUUCUUGCGCCGCCAACUUCCUAUUGGCGGAGAAGCAGUCCCGUUCGCCAAGCUGGAUCCAAACAUAAUGAGGGAGAGCGACCUUGCAGGCGCCGAGUUUUGGGCUGAGCACGUUUCUCGAUUUGCGCUUGCGAAAUAUACAUCCUACACUAAAAUCGAACGAAGUGGAAAGUUCCUUGACCAGUUGACAUUAUGUGCAGUCACUGUUUACAAUAUAA